UUCCAGGCAGAGACAACUUAAUUAUCUCGAUCGAUAUCAAAAUUCCCAAGUUAUGGCAAUGAAAUAUUCAAGAUCUUUGCUCUUUGGUGUGCUGCUACUCAUUGGCUUUGCAUUGACAAAUAGCAAAGCUGCUAAUACGGAUCCACCUGUGCAUUGCGAAUUUCUCAAUCGCAACAGUUUUGAACCAGGGUUCAUAUUUGGCACAGGUUCUGCAUCUUACCAGUAUGAAGGUGCAGUAAAAGAAGAUGGAAGAGGACCAAGCAUAUGGGACACCUACACCCACAAACAUCCAGAAAAAAUCGCUGAUGGCAGUAACGGAGAUGUUGCUAUUGAUCAAUAUCACCGCUAUAAGGAAGAUGUGGGGAUUAUGAAGGAUAUGGAGUUGGAUGCGUACCGAUUCUCUAUUUCAUGGUCCAGAUUAUUACCAAAUGGAACGUUAAGUGGUGGCGUUAACAGAAAAGGAAUUGAUUAUUACAACAAUCUCAUCGAUGAACUCCUAGGCAAUGGAUUAAAGCCAUUUGUGACACUCUUUCAUGGGGAUGUUCCCCAAGCUUUAGAAGAUGAAUAUGGUGGUUUCUUAAGCCCUCGUAUUGUCGAUCAUUUUAAAGACUAUGUGGAACUUUGUUAUAAGGAAUUUGGUGAUCGAGUCAAGCACUGGUUCACGGAAAAUGAGCCAUAUACUUUUAGUUACAUGGGUUAUGCUGUUGGUACUGAAGUACCGGGACGCUGCUCUUCUUGGCAAAACCUAAACUGCACCGGUGGAGAUUCAGCCAUUGAACCAUACUUGGUGGCACACCACCUUCUUCUUGCUCAUGGAGCAGCUGUAGAAUUGUACAAGAACAGAUAUCAGGCAACUCAAAAAGGCUUGAUAGGGAUAACAUUGGUGUCAGACUGGUUUGAGCCUGCUUCGGAUUCAAAGCAAGAUAAAGAUGCUGCCUUACGAUCUUUGGAUUUUAUGUUUGGAUGGUUUUUGGACCCAUUAACAAGUGGUGACUAUCCACACACCAUGCGAUCAAUUGUUGGGAAAAGAUUGCCCAAAUUCACAAAAGAACAAUCCAAGUUGCUAAACGGAUCAUUUGAUUUUCUUGGAAUAAAUUAUUAUACUGCUAGAUACACAAGUAGUGCAACCAAGAACAAUUCACUACCGGCAAGCUACGUAACAGAUUCUCGAGCUGAUCUUACAACUGAGCUUAAUGGAGUACUCAUUGGUCCACAGGCUGCUUCAGAUUGGUUAUAUGUAUAUCCAAAAGGAAUUCACGAUCUUGUGCUUUACACAAAGGAAAAAUAUAAUGAUCCACUCAUUUAUAUUACUGAGAAUGGUGUAUCAGAGUUGAAUAAUCCAGAACUAUCACUUGAAGAGGCCCUUCAUGAUACCAGUAGAAUUGACUACUACUAUCAUCACCUGUGUUACCUUCAAGCGGCGAUCAAAAAUGGGGCGAAAGUGAAGGGAUACUUUGCAUGGACAUUGUUAGACAACUUUGAAUGGACUUCUGGAUACACUGUCCGAUUUGGUUUAAACUACGUGGAUUAUAAAGAUGGGCUGAAAAGAUACCAAAAACUCUCAGCACACUGGUUCAAAAAUUUGCUUAAGAAGAAUAAAUUCAAAGAAAGCUACAGUUCAUUAUAAACAUUUAAGUGGAUAACUUUUUUUUAUGUAUUUACAUUUCAAUUCCUUAUGCAUUUGUAUUUCCUUGCAAUAAUGUAAACAUUAUUUGAGAUUCAAUAAUUCAAUAAAAAGCUGUAAGUGUUGUGAAUGCUACAAUAAAA